CGCGGGCGCGCGGCCGCGGCGGCGGUUGGGGAGGGUUCUUCCGGAAGGUUCGGGAGGCUUCUGGAAAAGGCGCCGCGCGCUGGGCGGGCCCGCCUCUAUAUAAGGCAGGCGCGGGGGCGGCGCGCCAGUUGCUUCUGCGUCCUGGUGCUGCGUCGCUGCGGAGCCCGUGCUGUCCUUCAGCCAAGAUGCCCGAGGAAACCCAGACCCAAGACCAGCCGAUGGAGGAGGAGGAGGUGGAGACGUUCGCCUUCCAGGCGGAAAUCGCCCAGUUGAUGUCGUUGAUCAUCAACACUUUCUACUCGAACAAGGAGAUCUUUCUGAGGGAGCUUAUUUCCAAUUCGUCCGAUGCUUUGGACAAGAUCAGAUACGAAAGCCUGACGGAUCCCAGUAAACUAGACUCCGGGAAAGAGCUGCACAUUAAUCUCAUUCCGAACAAGCAAGACCGGACCCUCACGAUAGUGGACACCGGCAUCGGAAUGACCAAGGCCGACUUGAUCAAUAACCUUGGUACGAUCGCCAAGUCUGGGACCAAGGCGUUCAUGGAGGCUUUGCAGGCCGGUGCAGAUAUCUCGAUGAUUGGCCAGUUCGGCGUCGGCUUCUACUCUGCGUACCUGGUCGCUGAGAAAGUGACGGUUAUCACCAAACACAACGAUGACGAGCAGUAUGCCUGGGAAUCUUCUGCAGGAGGAUCCUUCACCGUCAGGACAGACACAGGAGAACCUAUGGGUCGUGGAACAAAGGUUAUUCUACAUCUGAAAGAAGACCAAACUGAGUACUUGGAAGAAAGGAGAAUAAAGGAGAUUGUGAAGAAACACUCUCAGUUUAUUGGCUACCCCAUUACUCUCUUUGUGGAGAAGGAACGUGAUAAAGAAGUCAGUGACGACGAGGCGGAAGAAAAGGAAGACAAAGAGGAAGAAAAGGAGAAAGAAGAGAAGGAAUCUGAGGAUAAACCUGAGAUAGAAGAUGUUGGUUCUGAUGAAGAGGAAGAAGAAAAGAAGGAUGGUGACAAGAAAAAGAAGAAGAAGAUCAAGGAGAAGUAUAUUGAUCAAGAGGAACUCAACAAGACAAAGCCUAUUUGGACCAGAAAUCCCGAUGACAUCACUAACGAAGAGUACGGAGAGUUCUAUAAGAGCUUGACCAAUGACUGGGAGGAUCACUUGGCUGUGAAGCACUUUUCAGUCGAAGGGCAGUUGGAGUUCAGAGCCCUUCUUUUUGUCCCAAGACGUGCUCCUUUCGACUUAUUUGAAAACAGAAAGAAGAAGAACAACAUCAAGCUGUAUGUUCGCAGAGUGUUCAUCAUGGACAACUGCGAGGAGCUCAUCCCUGAGUAUCUGAAUUUCAUUAGAGGCGUGGUGGACUCUGAGGAUCUCCCUCUGAACAUUUCUCGUGAGAUGUUGCAACAAAGCAAAAUUUUGAAAGUCAUCAGGAAGAAUCUGGUCAAGAAAUGCUUAGAGCUCUUUACUGAAUUGGCCGAAGAUAAAGAGAAUUACAAGAAGUUCUAUGAGCAGUUCUCUAAAAAUAUUAAGCUUGGAAUACAUGAAGAUUCCCAAAAUCGGAAGAAGCUUUCCGAGCUGUUGCGGUACUACACUUCUGCUUCUGGCGACGAGAUGGUUUCCCUCAAGGACUAUUGCACCAGAAUGAAGGAGAACCAGAAACACAUCUAUUACAUCACAGGUGAGACCAAGGACCAGGUGGCCAACUCGGCCUUCGUGGAGCGUCUCCGGAAGCACGGCCUGGAGGUGAUCUACAUGAUCGAGCCCAUCGACGAGUACUGUGUGCAGCAGCUGAAGGAGUUUGAGGGGAAGACCUUGGUGUCCGUCACCAAAGAGGGCCUGGAGCUCCCGGAGGACGAGGAGGAGAAGAAGAAGCAGGAGGAGAAGAAGAGCAAGUUUGAAAACCUCUGCAAGAUCAUGAAGGACAUCUUGGAGAAGAAAGUCGAAAAGGUGGUUGUGUCGAACCGGUUGGUGACCUCACCGUGCUGCAUUGUCACAAGCACGUACGGCUGGACAGCAAACAUGGAGAGAAUCAUGAAGGCUCAGGCCCUGAGAGACAACUCAACAAUGGGGUACAUGGCAGCCAAGAAGCACCUGGAGAUAAAUCCAGACCAUUCCAUCAUCGAGACCCUGAGGCAAAAGGCAGAGGCGGACAAGAACGACAAGUCCGUGAAGGAUCUGGUCAUCCUGCUGUACGAAACUGCUCUGCUGUCUUCUGGCUUCAGUCUGGAAGAUCCCCAGACGCACGCUAACAGGAUCUACAGGAUGAUCAAACUUGGCCUUGGAAUUGAUGAGGACGACCCCACCGCUGACGACAGCAGCGCUGCUGUGACGGAGGAGAUGCCACCCCUGGAAGGGGACGACGACACAUCCCGCAUGGAGGAAGUCGAUUAGGCUCCGCCUGAGGCUUGCUUGUCCCCUGUUAAAACGCUGUCUGCAUUCCCUCUGACGAUAUAUUUUCAAGUAUUUUAUUUUUGUUAACAGUUAAAGGUUGUAUGGCAUGACCGUUCCUUAAGGGAAAAUAAGGUUCCUUUGUACUAAGUGUGACACUGUGAUACUUGAGCACUAAAGCAGAGCUUGUCCUUUCCUAGUUCCAGUUGGCUUCUUUAACAGACGGCCCUCGUGCUGUGAGGUGUGUGUACCCCGAUGUUAACUUCCUGGUCUAAGUGUUCAGCUCUCAAGCGAUUCUUUAGUUGACCACCUUUUGUCACUGAAGUGUUGUGGAGUAUAUCUUGAUGUUUAAGAGAAAAAUACUUGUUCAAGCAACGAGUAGAUUAGGGCUCGCUCUACUUUUGAAACCUUCCAUCCCCUGUAGCUGUUGACUGCAUGUAUCAGUCCUCUAGGAGUUAGGACGAACCCCGUUGAUGGGAGUAGCUAUCCAUAGGGCUUGUUUUCCAAAGAAAUGUAAUGUUUAGGAACCCGAAGUCGAGAGCCCACCUAGGCAUGUGGUAAAGCUGUUUGAGAAGUGACUCUGCCAGCGUCGUGAGUGGAGAUGUAGCGCUGAAGUCGCAUUCUGCUUCAGCAGUUGUAACAAAUACAGAUGAAUUAAACAGA